GCAGAAAAUGGUUACAGUCUGCGCAUCACGAACGCAUCAUUGACGUCCACGCAGGCAGUUUGGUAGAGAUUGGAGCUGGUUAUCAGUUUAAGCGCUAGCACACGGGGUGGAUUAGCAAGCCUUAUUGUUCUUUUUUGGUGCUACCGGUUUAGCUAGAAUUUAUCACAUUUAACGGAAAUCAAGUGUCAGAAUCGGAAGCCGAGGUUUUAAAACUGAAGGACGUUACUGUUUGAUUACAAACCACGGAAUUGAUUGACAGCUGGAGGGAUCACCCUCAUUCUGUAUUCCCUUACACUCGGGACAUGAUCCAGCUUGACUGAAGAGCUCAUGGUUGUUCGAAAAGUCCGAUCCUCCCUCCUCAGUGUUUGAAGAGUCACCGGAUGCUGUAAAAAUAGCCGGAUUGCCUGCUUUAUCUAUAUAACAUCAGAGAUCAAGAGGGGGAAUUUUAUUGGUCUGGUUCGGGAACGUAUUGAAAACGUAACGCGUCGAAACACAAUGCCACGCUCCAAAGAAAUUCCCGAAGACAUUCGCAGAAAAGUGGUGGAGGCUCAUGAGACCGGAAAAGGCUACAAACUGAUUUCCAAAGCUAUAGGACUCCCCAAGACGACCGUCCGAGCUAUACUGCGGAAAUGGAAACGGUUCGGGACGGUCGUGACCCUGCCCAGGAGCGGCCGUCCGUCCAAAAUCUCUCUGAGGGCGAGGCGGGAAAUAAUCCGCGAGGUCAUGAAGAACCCCUGCACGACUUCAAAGGACCUUCAGGCCACGCUGGCGUCGUCGAACAUCUGCGUCCACCAUUCCACCAUCAGGAGGAUACUGGGAAUACACGGAAGACCAACCAUGAGUUCCUUUGAUGGGAGCAUGGCGUUGCAAACUUCCGGACAGGAGGAGGGAGGAGUGAUGGAUGAUUCGGACAAAUCGACUCGGGACAUAAAGAACGAAGAGGAGCUGGAGGUGAUCAAAAUCUCGAACACUAAUUCCGAUAACGCUAGCAAGGAUGACGCUAAAUGCACCGAUGAUGAUGAUGAUGAUAAUGAGGAAGGUGCUGGACAUGACAAGAAUUGUGGUGAUGGGGAGAAAACACCAGCAAACGAUAACCGUGAUGACGAAAUGGCGUCAACGGAUAUGAAAGGUGCUGGUGGCGAGCAUGGAGUGAUUGAGAAAUGCGACGAUGGAGGCAAUGGCGCUGAGACGGCAUCAGCAAGCGGUGGAGAUGCUAACGAGAAUAAGAAGCUUGGUGAUGAGACAUCGAUUGUCGAAUGCCGUGGAAGUGGUGACGCCGAUGACGUGAAUCGUCAAGACAGCGGUUACGCCACUGACCGCGACGUCAACAGUGCCUACGAUAGUAGUAGUAGUAGUAAUAAUAAUAACAAUAAUAAUAACAAUAAUAACAGCGGUGGUGGAAAGUGGAGUGAUGAAAUGGAUUACAUUAGUACGUUAAUGUUUUCUUGAACAAGCGCCUAGGCUAGCUGGCAGGCCUAAUUCGAAGUGCAUGUAACUUUCAUGGUGAGGACGACCACCAAAAAUUAGAAAUGCCCAUGAGCUGGGAGGAGUGGGGUCGCCUACAGUAGGGUCCAAACUCGAAAAUAUAUACGUUGUAGAAAACUUUACUCAGUUUAUGCUUAUUAUUAUUAUUAUUAUUAUUAUUAUUAUUAUUAUUAUUAUUCAAGAAUGCGUUGUGUAAAACUGAGUCGGAUCAGUUUUUAGUCUGUUUUGCACUUUCGUUCCUUUUAAUCGUAACAGUUUUUUGUUGUUUUUGUUUUUUCGCAUAAAAUGACGAAAGACAAGUUGCUAGAAGCAGACUCGGGUUGUUUUUUUUUUUUGUUUGUUUUUUUGGACCCUACUGUAUUCCAUCCCAGAAUUUCAGACAAUCCUGAGAUGAAAUGAAAUAUCUAAUAUGAUUUCUUGACGUUACCUGAGUUUAUUCAUACUGACACUAUUAAUAUGACAAACAAAAGAAUGUGUGUGCUCUAUACAAUACACUAAGGCCCGUUCUUUGCAUCUGGCUAAUCAGGUUAGCCGGCUAAGUUUGAACCAAACUUGGCCCGACUAGGUCGUAGAGGGUGGGGGUGGGUGGGGAUAGGCGAAAACAAAUUCCCGAGUAAACACGGAUACUUCAUUUGCGAGGCACGGCUUAGUCACGCACAACAAUGCUGAAUGGGUUUAGCCGUUAUUCAUUCAGGAAUAACGUAAAAAAAAAAAAAAAACAUUCUUUCACAAAGCUUCAUUCAUCAGAAGCCGCUUUUGUUAUUCUCGGGCCAACAAGUAGAGAAUCUCUGGCUGGUACUUUAAAAAAAAAAAAAACAAACAAAAGAAAAACCAGAGAUUGAACAAGUCAUCAAAUAAAAGAUGACUUGCUAGUUCGACGGUUAGCUAGUGACAAACCUCAAACUCCACACAGAGAUGUCUUGUGUCUGGAUGUUCGUCCAUCUCGCUGAAAAACACCAAAAAAAAAAAAAGGUUUGCUAGUGGCGGUUAUAUUCCGCUGUAUGUGUUUAUGCUCGUAGCAUUUCAGUGUUUUUUUUUUUUUUGUUUUUUUUUGUAGCUAUUAUUUGUUAUUGUUAUAAAUGUUCCUACAGUUCUGUUAAUCGUAUGCAUGUUUAUCUGUUUAUCCUCGACACAAGGACUUCACGAUUAGUGGAGAUGAAGCAACCACCUUUUCUCAUUUUAUGAGAUUUGGGUUUUUUGGUUUUUUUUUUUGGAGUUCUUCAAAAGGUGAAAAGUUCUCAUGAAUCAAUUUAAACCAUUGUUGGAAAAAAACAAAAGUAUUAAAGUAUACUUGUUAUUUCUGUUCAAGACGAAUUUCUGAAAGUUCCUGUUUUGCAUUUCUUUACUGUUCCAGUUUUAAAAACAGCUGUGUGUGUGUGUGUGUGGGGUGAUGGUUUAUAUGUCCAGAAUGGUCAGAAAGUAAAUAUUGUGUGAUUGCUGCCCUUGAAAGUGUUGACCUCGGAGGGGAAGUAACACUGAUUAACUUCUCUGUGCAUAAAAGUAACAGGAUAUAAUUCCUACUAGUAUAAUAAUAAUAAUAAUAAUAAUAAUAAUAAUAAUACUAUAUAUUAAUAAUCCAGCGUGUUUUGUUUUGGCUCAGCGUCUUGCUGCUUGACGGUCUGUUUGGAUGUUUUUGAUUACGCCACUUUCUUGCCCCGCUUCAGACUAUAUAACCGAACAGGACCCGAUGGAAACCGAUUAAAAUUUUCUUUAAAAAUGUGCAAAUGAAGUGCAGCGAUUAAUCGCAUUGCGUUUCUGUUAGAGCUAAUAAUCCGCUCGUUUAUUUUCCGGCAGAACCACUUUAUUUUAUUUUUUAGGUAAGGGCGUAUAAGGACACUGUAUAUCUUCUUUCAGAUUGGUAGUGUUUAUAAAAUCGAUACUAGAUUUCUCAACUAAUAGCAUGAAAAGUCUACUCUAGACUCAAUUUUCAGAAAUGAUCACAUGAUCCCCACCCCCACCACAAUGAUGUCCCAUUAUAGCACAGAAGUAUGUAUAAACAACACCUACACCAGUGAUGUUGACUUGAUCUACCAAAGGUAACAAAAUUGGCCUCUUUAAUCAGGAUAAGGGGAAGUGGUUGAGGGUGUGUAAAACCGUAUCAGUCUAGGUUCCACAAGACCAUAUCUGUUGACCGUUUUUUUUUUUUUUUUUUUUUAAGAUAAGAUACUGUUUAAAUGGACAUUGUAUAGUACUUUGUAGCCAUGUAAACGAACCAGUUCAGUCCAGAUCUGGAAGGGUGGAUUUGUUAAUUUGCGAACGUGAGCUAGCCGAUUGGGGGGGGGCUAAAACUUUCCCAAAUGUACUGUAGAACUCGGAGAGUCUUGGAAAGGUGAAUCGGUGAAAAACUGAGCCACAUCAAAUCAAAGUGUUUUUUUGGUGAAGGCCCUCGCUGCUUAAACGCCUUGUGUAACUUUUCUAGAAUAAGUAUUCAUUCAUUUCCAGUAAGCGCUGUAUACUAGUCAGAGUGGCGGUACACUGGAUGCAGAUACUCCCUUGAUGCGAUCGGUAAGAGAAAUAAACUUAAACAGAUUCUCAUUAAUAAUAAUAACGAACAUUGUGACAUGAUCAAGGUUUUUGAUGAUUGAAAUAUAUGUUUUAAGUUUGGUUUUAGUGAAAACAAGUGAUUGAUUUAAGAGGUGGGAGACCACGCCUCCUUCACUGGGACGUCCAUAUUAAUUACUUUUUAAUAUAACAAUCUUGUCCUUCUUGUUCACUCCAGGAUGAGUUUUGGACCGUGUGGCUUUUAAAGCUGCAUUUGUACGUUAAGCCGAACAUAUGAUUGUGACUCAUUGUGGUCACUUCUCCAAAAACAGGGGCGUGCGUGAUUACUCACAAGGGGAGGGGGAGGUACUGUAGGUCAUGUCGUAACUCGCCUUUCCACCAACCUCUGGAAGAAACGUUCUCACAGAUCACGGCUCGGUCCUAUUAGCUAUCUGCUACCAUGCGAAGUUUCAAGAGAUGCAUCGGAAAUCUUGUCGUCCUUCUUCAUUCUUCUCUGGUCGUAGCGUUCAAAUGAUGUCGCAAGAACUAGCUGUUGUGUGAGAAUUAGCAACAACAAAACUGUGAGAAUAAAAUAAGGGUAGUUUUUUCUCCCAGACCCCCGUUGUAUAUAGUGUUUAUUCAGGGUAGUGGUGUUUUUUGUUUUGUUUGUUUUCUUGUUUUACAGAAGUGGUGUUACAUGUGCAAACCUUUGACCUGAAGUCAUCACAUAGCAAAGUUUGCUCAGUUUAUUGAUGGAGAAUCAGCAACUGCUCACAUGGAACAAAAGCCUGCACUGAUGUCAGCACUUU